GUAUCCUUUCUUUCCCUCCUUUUUUAUUUAUUUUCUUUAUCAAAUUAUAUGGAUCGACUACCAGACGAAAUCAUUCUUCGUAUUAUUUAUUUUAUUGCAACUAGUGAAUGGCAACUAUUAGAGUUAGAAAAAGUAUCCAAGAAAAUACAAUGUAUUAUACAAGACCAAACUCUUUGGUAUCAACUCUUUCAACAACAUUAUAAAACUUGGGGUCGUCAUGUAUCUUAUACUUCUCGACGAAAUAUAAUGGACUGGAAAUCUUUUGUUAUUCACCUCGCCAAACAAAAACAACGUAACCGUUCAUUCACCUUUGAUUUUGUAUCUGAUAAUCAUUGUAUUGAACCACCCAUUAACAGAAAACGAAAACUUCAUGAAUUAGCUCGCUCUACUUCUUCUCCUUCACCACCAUCCUAUAAAAAUCUUUCUCGACAUCAAGAUACCCCUUUGGAUAACUCUACUUUUUCUUCUUCUUCUUCCAUACCUACAUCUGAACCUUCGUUUGAUCGUCAAUCACUACGAUACAUGCUUAAUCGUAAUACACCCAUGCCAUUUCGUAUUCAGGAUCCGCUGGUAGUGGAUAUCAAUCGUAUGACUCGCACUGGAAUUGUGGCCACUGGAAAACAUCGAAAAUCAACCUUGCGCAGCAAUCAUUAUACAAGACGUUCCGAACACAAAAUUUUAUUCUGGGAAUAUCCUUCAUGGCGUCUGGUACGAGAAUUGGAAAUUACUUUUAUGCCUCCUGAUAUCACUUGUCAAGUGGUUGGUGUACAAUCUAUUUUGAUUAAAUCCCCUGAUAACACUACCCCUCAACGUGUACGGUUCUUUGCCCUGGCGAUUGGAAAACCGGCUGAAUUGCAUGGACAUAUGCAUAUGAAUGAUCUGGAUGAUCCUGAUGGAAAUGAUGAUCGUGUGGACUUGUGGCAAGCAAUAUUAAUCUAUCGUUUAUUCGACAAUGGUGUUACUCAAUGUUUGGCUCAUUUACCUUUAGAUGGACGUUUUAUGGGAAGAGAAGUCUUUUUCUUUUCCGAUUAUUCUUGGACUUUUGGUGAUGAUAUGACUUUUACUGACCCACGACGGAAGAUGAAAGAUUGGUUACAAAUAGUAGCUCCUGAACAUACUGAUUUUGAUCCUCAUUAUACUCUGUUUAUGUUGGCUAUUGGUCCCACUUAUCCUGAAGCUGAUGGUUGUGGCAAACUCAUUCAAUUUGAUCUUCGUGGGCAUGCUAAUGUCUUGGAUCCUUCUUUAACACCUAUGACGAUGAACCCAACUUUACAACGCAUUAUACCUACUAGAUAUGGAUCUGUACCUCGACAACAAUCUUUGGACGAAACGAUGGCAGAUUUCAGUUCACCACCACCUUCAGCUAAAAUCAUCCAUACUGUUUAUUUAGGAUCUCAUGUUAGCUGUAUGAUCCAUUUCAGAUACCCAACACAUUUGAAUCAUUUGAUUUGCAAAGGAAGUUACGAAAGCAAUGAAUUAUCUAUUUACGAUUGGCGUUUUGGUAUCAAAGUUGGUACUUUACCAUGGAAAGAAGAAGAAUUUGAACUACAAUUUGAAGUUCGACCUUGGGGAUUGGAAUCGACUAUGGUACUACCAUCUUAUUGGGAUCAACAAGCAACUAGCAAUGAAGAUUUAGCACAUCGAGGAUUUCGACUUAUUGCGGUGGGAGAUAAUCGAAUGAAUCGUUUGGAAAUCAAGGUAUGGGAUAUUUCAUUUUUAUUACGGCAAGAAUGGGAUCCUUUAUGUCAUGAUCAUGUUUUGGAGGAUUGGACAUCAACGACAAAUAUUGAAGAUUGGUACAAGAGAAUCGAAUGGACGAAAUUUUUCCCUUGGUGGCGACGUGGUAAUGGACAACUCUGGCACUUGGGGUUACGUAUGGUACAUGAACGAGUACAAUCAGAAGAAGGACGAUACAUCUCUUCAGUCAUACCUUUUGAGUUAAGGCGUUUGAUGAAACAAGAACCUGGAUUACAACGAUUGGCAAGUACAAUUCAGUGGCCAUUUUCACCUCCCAAACCUAGUAUGCUUCUGGCACAUGCUUUUGAUAAACCAGCGAAUGGAAUGGAUGAUGUGAUGACAGUCAAAUAUACAGCAUACAACGUACUUUAUACCUCCUUGUUUUUACUGACCGAAGAUGGCAAGGUGACGGUAAUGGAUAUUGAAACUGGACAAGUGACAGGGACCAUUGACAAUGUGGCUGCUAUGGCGAUGACAAAUGGACAAAUGGAUAGGACAAGAUCUGGUAGAAUUCGUGGUAUUGAUGUGAAUGUGGUGGCUGGUCGUGAAAUAGUUGUAACAAGUCGUGAAGGUUUACUCCGUAGUGUGAUGUCUUAGACAUCUAUCUAUCUUAAUACUAUAUAUACAUCUAUUUUAUUGAUCUUUUUUACUUGUAGUCAUACCUUCUGUGUUUUUAUUGUAUACAUUUUUUUUUAAAAAAAAAAAAUCAAAUGAAAAUAAAAAUAUCCAUUUUUUGUAUCU